AUGACACUGUCCAGCCUCCUUCUCUCACUUCUCGCCAACACACUUCUCGUCCCCUUAGUCAUAGCUGCCCCUGCAGCACCUGCAGCCCCUGCCAGGCCAAGCGCCGCCGCCGCUGCCGCUGCCAGGCCCAGCGCCGCCGCCGCUCCCUGCUUCCCCCCAAACGUCAAAGUCACCAUCGACAAAUCCAGCUUCCAAGUCCCCAUCUUCAAAGACUGUAACUUCGGCAGCCCGGCAGCCACCAUCCCGUCCUCCACAGCGCCUGCAACGGCCAUCUCAGCGUCCGCCGAUUACAGCAAAUACGUGGACUCCAAGGGCGCGGCGCUGAGUUCAGACAGCAUGAAGCAGCUGCUGGCACACUUUGGGCAGGCGGUUGGUCUGGAUGUGCUGCUGGGGCAGACUAUUUGCACGGUCACGGAUACAAAGAGUGGGAUCUUCACCAUUGAUAGCUCGUCGGGGCCUCUGAACGGUGGCGCGGAAGUCAAGGUGGGGAGCUACAGGUGUAUCAUUGACCUUUGA